AUGCAGUUGUUGGGGUUUCAAGGAAUGGAAAAACUCGUGUUUUCAGGAACCCUGAUUUUAUUCUUGAUGGCAUUUGUGUUCUCUUGUUUUCCCUUUUCGGCUUCUCAAGAAUUGUUUUCUGAGAAAAUGGCUUUGUUGGAAUUGAAGAACUCCUUUGGUGAUCCAUUUGGCAUUUUGUCCAGUUGGAGAUCAAACAAUUCUAGUUACUGUUCUUGGUAUGGAAUUUCAUGCAAUUCAAACUCAAGGAUUUCAGAAUUGAGAAUUAGAGGUAAUAAAACUAAUGCUGCUUCUUGUACAAAUAAUCCUGAGUUAGCAUUGCAUGCUUUUGGAGUUAGAAGAAAAAGCUGUUUGUCUAUGAAUGGUAAACUUGUUGGGAAUUUGUCUCCUAUUAUUGGAUUCCUCAAAGAGCUUAGGGUUCUAUCUCUUCCAUUUAAUGAUUUAACGGGUGAAAUUCCUGAUCAGAUAUGGGGAUUAAAGAAUCUUGAUGUUCUUGAUUUAGAAGGGAAUUCCUUUCAGGGACAUUUUUCGAGCUAUGAUUUUUCCGGCUUGAGAAAAUUAAGAGUUGUUAAUCUAGGGUUUAACAGAAUUGUUGGGAGGUUUCCACCUUCUCUAGCAAAAUGUAGGUUUUUGAGUGUGUUGAAUUUAGCGGGGAAUCAAAUAAAUGAUGUCAUUCCAGGGUUUAUAGGUGGAUUGGAGAAGUUAAGGGUAGUUAAUUUGUCGUUUAAUCGAUUACUUGGGCGUGUUCCGGUUAACUUGAGGAUUAAAUGCGCAAAUCUUGAACAUUUAGAUUUGUCAUUUAAUUUCCUUCAAGGGGAGAUUCCACGUGUACUGGGGAAAUGUAGUCACUUAAGGACACUUUUGUUGACUUCAAAUGCAUUUUCUGGUGUUAUCCCUUCUGAGCUUGGUAGUCUUGAAAGGCUUGAAGUUCUGGAUGUUUCGAGAAACAGUCUUGAUGGUUCUAUUCCGCCUCAGCUUGGAAAUUGCCUUAAUUUGUCAAUUCUUGUUCUUUCAAGUCUCUUUAAUGUGCAUGGGAAUGCAUUAGGUGAGCUAAACUUCUUUGAAGGCUCUAUUCCUUCAGAGAUUACUAUGCUACCAAAAUUGGAAAUACUUUGGGCUCCAGGAGCGAAUCUCAGAGGACAUUUUCCCAAUGAUUGGGGACAUUGCGACAGCCUAAAGGUGGUGAAUUUAGCUCACAACUUUUUCAUGGGAAAAAUUUCUGGUGCAUUUCAUGGAUGCCAUGGUCUGAUUUUUCUUAACAUUAGCUCAAAUAGGCUUUUUGGAAAUCUUGGUGAAACGCUUCCUGUUCCUUGUAUGACUCUUUUUGAUGUCAGUAGGAACCUCAUGUCAGGCCCAAUUCCCCAGUAUAAUACAAGUGUCUGUCCGCAUGAUCCCAAGCUUAUCCAAACGUACAAUCCAGCUUUUCCCUACCUCUCAUUCUUAGCAUAUAAAACUUGUUCCGAAAGCCCUCUUCCUUUUCCUACUACCAGUUAUCCAGUGAUCCAUAAUUUAGGUGGAAACAGCUUCACCGGCGGAAUUCCUUUACUGCCAAUGACCCAUGAAAGCUUAGGAAAACGCAUUGACUAUGCAUUUCUUGCAGGUGGAAACAAGCUUACCGGAUUAUCGGAUGGGAACUUAUUCGGAAACUGUGAUGGAUUAGGUGGAAUGACGAUUAAUCUUAGCAGCAAUGAGAUUUCUGGCCAAGUUCCUGAGUACAUUUGUUCAGUAUGCAGGUCUCUCAAAUCUUUUGAUGCAUCCCGAAACAAUAUUUCCGGGUCCUUACCCAAGCACAUUGGUCAUUGCAAGUCCCUCAUAGUACUUGAAUUGAGUUGGAACAAGUUGCAGGGCCAAAUUCCGGCUGAUCUCCAUGAGAUGCAAUCUCUUGAAGUUCUGGAUCUCUCAUCGAACUCGCUCUCCGGUAACAUUCCAGAAGGUCUCACGCGCCUGGUGAAUUUAACUGUUCUAUUGUUGAACAACAACACAUUGACUGGUGAGAUUCCCUCAGGUUUGGAAAGUAUGACGGCUCUUCAUGCAUGCGACAUCUCAUUCAAUAAUUUAUCCUUUCCAUCCGAUAAUAAGAUGAUAACCCAGUGUAGCUUCCUGGGGAACUCUUUUCUUUCACCCACGCCAUCAACCUUAUCCAAUGUGUCACAAAGUUAUGCAGUUCCUCCACAAGGGCCUCAAUCCAAAAAUGGUAAGAGAGGACUUUCACUUUCUUCCAUUGAGACUGUUGUUGCAGUAUCUGCAACUGCAAUUAUUUUCGGUUUUGCUAUCCUUGUUGCCUUCUGUAUGCACAUAAAAAAAGGGACACCAAAUCCUAGAAUUGAGGAGGCCUCUGAAUCACCUGAAAGAAGCGAUAUUACAGUUUUCAAAGAUGUAGGAGUAGUUUUGACAUAUGACAAAAUCGUCCAGGCUACCAGACACUUUAGCUGGAGCAAAUGCAUUGGAAAUGGUGGAUUUGGUUCCACAUACAAAGCUGAAGUUUCCUCCGGAAUUAUACUAGCAGUAAAGAGGCUCUCAGUUGAAAGAAGUCAAGGACUUCCCCAGUUCAAUGCUGAGAUUAAUAGCCUUAGAAGCAUAAGCCAUCCCAAUCUCAUUACACUGAUUGGAUACUAUGCAAGUGAGGCUGAUAUGUUCCUGAUAUAUAAUUAUCUCCCGGGAGGUAACUUGGAGAAAUUUAUACAGGAUAGAUCUAAUAGAAUCUUCGACUUUAAGGUGCUACACAAGAUUGCCUCAGAUAUUUCUCUUGCAAUCUCUUAUCUCCAUGAUCACUGCGUCCCCCGUAUUGUCCACCGAGAUGUUAAGCCGAGUAACAUAUUGUUGGAUAAUGAACUCAAUGCUUAUCUGUCGGAUUUUGGGUUGUCGAGGAUCAUGGGAACGGAAACCUGCACAACCACAAAAGUUGCAGGAACGUUCGGGUAUGUAGCACCGGAAUAUGCUCUGACAAGUCAUGUGUCUGACAAGGCCGAUGUUUACAGCUAUGGUAUCGUGCUGCUCGAGUUGCUCUCGGACAAGCGAGCUUUAGAUCCUUCAUUUUCCGUGCAUGAGAACGGGUUCAACAUCGUUUCGUGGGCGAGCAUGUUGUUUCGGGAUGACAAGAUACAGGACAUUUUCUAUUCCAGUUUAUGGGAGGCAGGUCCCGAGGAGAAGCUGGUGGACAUGCUGCAUUUGGCUCUACUGUGUACUACAGAAUCCCUUUCUGCCAGGCCAAGGAUGAGGCAAGUUGUCGGGCAACUGAAGAAAAUCGCACCUCUUGUGCCUUAAUUAGUGAAAGUAACUUA